UUGAGUUCGCCAUUUCCCUCCAAUUUUCCCAAACUCUCUCAUAAAAAGCCCUAAAAAUUCUUAUCUGCAGCCCUUUUUGAUGAUUUGUUGAUUACACUCAACACAGGCGAUAAAACAAAGAAAGAUUCAUACCGUAAAAAGGUUACUUUGACAUGGAUUCCUCGAGGGUAACCCGCAAGAUGUCGAUUAAACUAUGGCCACCUAGUCAGAGUACACGGCUAAUGCUUGUGGAACGAAUGACCAAGAAUUUUAUCACUCCAUCCAUUUUCUCCAGAAGGUAUGGUCUUCUUUCUAGAGAAGAGGCUGAGGAGGAUGCCAAGGAAAUAGAAGGCGUGGCUUUUGCCACUGCAAACCAACACUUUGAGAAGGAGCCGGAUGGUGAUGGAAGUUCUGCAGUUCAACUUUAUGCUAAAGAAUCCAGUAAGCUUAUGCUGGAAGUUCUUAAAAGAGGCUCUAGAAGAAAGGAAACUGGAGAGGAGACAAAAGUUGAAGCUUCUUACGAGACUACUUUUGAUAUAUCUGGAGGUCGCCGCGCAUUUAUUGAUGCGGAGGAGGCUGAGGAGCUGCUAAAACCCCUGAGCACUCCAGGAAACAAGUAUACUAAGAUAUGUUUCAGCAAUAGAAGUUUUGGCUUGGAUGCAGCCCAUGUUGCUGAGCCCAUCUUGUCAUCUAUCAAGGAUCAACUGAGAGAAGUAGACCUAUCAGAUUUUAUUGCAGGAAGGCCGGAGACUGAAGCUCUUGAAGUUAUGAAUAUAAUUUCGUCAGCCCUGGAAGGUUGUGAACUGAGGUAUCUGAACCUUUCAAACAAUGCCUUGGGUGAAAAGGGUGUGAGGGCAUUUGAGGGGCUCCUAAAAUCACAGAGUAAUUUAGAGGAGCUCUAUUUGAUGAAUGAUGGUAUCUCGGAAGAAGCCGCACGAGCACUGUGUGAGCUUAUUCCGUCAUCCAAGAAACUUAAGAUCCUUCAGUUUCAUAAUAAUAUGACAGGAGAUGAAGGGGCAAUUGCUAUAUCUGAAAUUGUGAAACAAUCUCCUGUGCUGGAGGAUUUCCGGUGUUCUUCUACAAGGGUAGACUCUGAGGGGGGAGUUGCCCUGGCUGAAGCACUUGGGACGUGUACCAAUUUAAAGAAGCUUGAUUUGCGUGACAACAUGUUUGGUGUGGAGGCUGGUGUUGCUUUAACUAAAGCUCUAUCUGAAUUUGCAAAUCUUACUGAAAUCUACUUGAGUUAUUUGAAUUUGGAGGAUGAAGGGUCUAAAGCUCUGACUGAAGCUCUUCUGAAGUCUGCUCCUUCUCUUGAAGUUUUGGAGAUGGCUGGGAAUGACAUCACUGUGGAAGCUGCUCCUGCUUUGGCAUCCUGUAUAGCUGCAAAACAAACUCUCACCAAGCUAAACUUGUCCGAAAAUGAACUCAAAGAUGAGGGUACUAUCGUGAUUGCGAAGGCAUUGGAAGAGGGUCAUGACCAGUUAAUUGAAGUCGAUCUGAGCACCAAUUCAAUAAGAAGGGCUGGAGCCAGGAUCUUGGCACAGGCUGUAGUAUGCAAACCUGGGUUUAAGUUGCUGAACAUCAACUCUAAUUUCAUAUCUGACGAAGGGGUUGAUGAGCUGAAGGAUAUAUUUAAAAAUUCUCCUGAUGUACUUGGGCCUUUGGAUGAGAAUGAUCCUGAAGGAGUCGACUAUGAUGAAGAGGCCGAAGAAGAUGGUGCUGAUAAUGAGGAUGAAUUGGGAUCCAAACUUCAGGAUCUCAAUAUUAAGCACGAUGAAUAGAGUUACCGUGUGACAGGUAUGCUGCCUUGGCAUAACCUACCUCGAUAGUCAUCGUAACGGUUCUCACUAUUAAUUAUGGAAGACUGAAUUAAUGUGUAAGCUAGUUCAGCUGCAUCCAGAAUAGUAUAAUAGAUCCAUCAAUUAGUAGGGUUAAUCUCAUAACAUUUGUGUCUGCUUUUCCCUGAGACGUUAGAACGUCUCAGGUUUUGUAUUUUUCUGCUCUGUUGUACUUGGAGCACUGGAUUCAACUCUAGACGUUGCUCAGCUAUGUUGUACUAUUUUUAUUUCCUAGUUUAAUUGCUUGUGGUUUGUUGUCUUA